UGGACCGUUUGCGGGAAGAAAGGUUAUCGGAGAAGGACCCAAGGAUCGUAGAGCAAAAUGUUCCGUUGAUUGCCGCUCCACUUCCAGGGACCCUUUUCUUUCCGCCGUGGUAUUUUUUUAUCUACACGGAGGAGCCACUGUCUGUCCUUUUCUCUUUCACGAUCUUUCUCCUAUGUUUUUAACUCUUUUGAAUUUCUAUUGCAUUCUCCGAUAUGUACAUUUCUUCCAUGGCGGCGAUUAACUGAUCAAAAAUUGGCCCCUCAGGUAGAGGACAGUGUAUCUCAAGAUUUACCUAUCGCCACUCCUGGUCCUUGGCCGAUGAAUUCUGGCUAUCGACUAGAUACGCUCUUGAGGUCUUUGAUUCAUUCUCACUUGGUUGAUCGCUGUGUCGCACAAUUGCAUCCAGCUUCGCCUUUCACUUUAACGCACUCCCCUUUUGGUGUUUCUCUGUGAGUACCGUCGGAGCCUGCGGGCCACAGCAAUAUGGCGCCAUUUAUAGGUGAUGAUGUGAGGGCUUCAGGUGCCGGCCAGUCAUCUGGCUCGGGUGUCGAUGCUCCUGCCCGAAGAAAUGUCCUCUACAUUGAUGCAUACGAUUCCUUCUCCUACAAUGUUGUCGCAAUGCUCGAAGAGGUUCUGGAUGUUAAAGUCUCCGUGAUGACCAUCGACUCCGAUUGGCCAGAAGGCAACAUGGUCGAGUACCUGCAGCAUUUCGAAGCUGUCGUGCUUGGCCCUGGUCCUGGGGAUCCGAAUGUUGCUAAAGAUGUCGGCAUCAUGCGAGAUAUUUGGAACCUGAGCGGCGCAGACAUGUUACCCGUAUUCGGAAUCUGUCUUGGUUUUCAGAGUCUCUGUCUUCAUCAGGGCAUUCCUAUAGGACGAUUGCCAUAUCCACUACAUGGCCAGGUUCAUCGAAUCAAGACUGUCAACAGGGACAUUUUCGAAAACGUGCAAGAUGUUGAAGUCACGCUUUAUCACUCGCUUUAUGCCAAACUGGAUGCUCCGGACCAGUUGACUCGAGGGGGCGACAGUGGAAACCCUCAUGUUGAUCGAUUCGCUUCCAAGAACCUUGACCUUCUAGCUUGGUUUCUGCUAGAAGACGAAAGGACACAGAUUCCCAUGGCUGUGCGCCACCAGAAGAAACCACUUUGGGGAUGGUGGGAUAUGGCCCUGAACUACAACAAAAAGACGGGGCGAGGAGGAUAUGGCAGUCUCCCAGACCCUAACCACUACGCCAGUGGUAGUAUUACUCUUCCCGACGCCGCGUCCACAAUGUUGGAUUGGAGCGCAAGCACUUCCUCCUGUUCCGCAUAUCGUACCUUUACAGCGAGGAGUCUGGAUGCCGAGGUCGUCUGCGAGAACCUGAAUGCUCCCGACUCGCCAACCGUGCUAUUCCAAUCUAAUGGGAGGUACAGCAUAAUCUCGGUGCCAAGCCCCUCCAGCUGGAGGCUCGAAUACUACUCUGAGACUCAGAGACUCCUGCUGGAGAAGCUGCAGGAUUGCCAGAGGACAGAAAGUUCCCCGAGUGGGCAGUCAGUGACAGAGAACAUCAUCGAGAGAACUUUGUCGGUCUCGCAAUUCUGGGAUAUACUGAGAUUUGUAAUGGACAUGAAGAAGGUUGAUUCAGGAUGCCUCACCGUGCCGUUCUGGGGAGGUUUCCUGGGCUACUUUUCCUAUGAAAUGGGGCUGGCCUGUCUUGCACGUCCCAAAACAGCUGCAGAAAUCCAUCCAACCAGCAACAAUGCCGGAGAAGACCCUGCCGACGCCAGCUUGCUGUGGACUGAAAGGAGUAUCGUUGUUGACCACAAGGCAGGUCAAAUCACGGUCCAGUCAACACGGGCUGACGAUGAUCUACCGACUGGAUGGCUGCAUCAGACCGAGCAGUUCUUACAGGACCUUGCACAUAGCAGGAGUCAAUGCAAGGUCUGCACCAGUGACACCGAGGCAGAGUUCUUGGAUUCUAUCCUCAAGCAGAGCGUCAUCAAAUUCCCAACCCAGGAGAAUUAUCAGAGGCAGAUCAAGGCUUGUCAGGCUGAGCUGGAAGCUGGUGAAUCGUACGAACUAUGUCUCACUGGCGAAACGUUGAUUACGCUACCCUCUCCGGCUAGUCAGAGUGGCCGUGCCAGUUUCCCCUGGAAGCUGUACAAGCGUUUGAGGAAGUACAACCCCGCCGCCUUUAGUGGUUUUGUGCGACUAGGUCACGUCAAGAUUGUCAGCAGCAGCCCCGAAUGCUUCCUCAACUGGGAUCGGGACUCUACACUGGAAAUGAAGCCAAUGAAGGGCACUGUGAGGAAAACCGAAGAUAUGACCAUGGAGAAGGCCCGCGAAAUCCUUGGAUCGACGAAGGAGAUAGCGGAGAAUCUCAUGAUCGCCGAUCUGAUCCGCCACGACCUCUACGGCAUCUGUGGCUCGGGCGGCGUUCACGUGGAAAAGCUCCUGGAAGUGGAGGAUCACGGACGUGUUUACCAGAUGAUCACUCAUGUCAAAGCCAGGGUUGAUCGAAAUCGGCCCGGAUUUGCCGCACGGGAUAUGCCGCAGUUACCCUCCUCGAACAUGUCCGGAUACGGACUGACCGCGUUGCAAAGAUGUCUGCCGCCCGGCUCGAUGACUGGUGCCCCUAAGGAACGCUCAUGCAUGCACCUCAGCUCCAUCGAGGACCGAAAACGUGGGAUCUAUUCGGGCGUCAUGGGCUUCCUCGAUCUUGGUGGCGGGGGGAGCUUCUCAGUGCUCAUCCGCACAGCUUUCACCUGCUCCAAUGAGCAAAAUGACGAGCAACUCUGGCGAAUUGGCGCUGGGGGAGCCGUGACCACUCUGAGUACUCCCGAAGGGGAAUGGGAUGAGAUGUUGACCAAGUUGCGUACGGUCUGUGGGAUUUUCGCUCCGCUUAAUCCAUAG